CACUAAAGCUUAAAGAAACAAUUUGCAUAAAUUGUGUAAUAAACAAAUUUUCCUACAAUAAUGGACAAAUAAAUGUUUCAGGGUAGCCAAAAGUUCACAUUAGAAAAAAAAUCGCGUUUGCAAGACUAAUGCACUGGAGAUUCUGCUUUCAAGGAACGUUAUUUUAUUUUGAAAGUUUUCAAAGCGGAAGCAACUUCCUUUUCUGACGUAACAUUCAAAUCCACGGUCCUCUGAUUCGGAAGUGUUCGUCAAUUCCCGGAACAGGUGUUUAGUUCAACACGAAAAAGUACAAAAAAUUUUUUUAAAGAAAGUAAAGGCUUUAAAAGAUGGAUAAGUAAACUUUAAAAACUUAGCAUUUGUUUAUAUAUUUUUAAUACUUUAUAAAUUAUCGUCUUAUGUAAGAAUUAUACUACUGAGAUCAGGAAUACAAACAUAUCUUUCUUUAUUAAAGUAAAUAUUUUUAUCAAUUUAGCCAAAAUACAUUAAAAAAAAAAACUUGCAACUAAAUUUUUUUAUUUACUUAUUAAAACUGCAAUUGGUUAAGACGUCAGGCAGCAUCCAGAAGGAUCUAGAAGUACAAGAAAAACCUGAUAUGUUCUUAGUUUUUCAUACAUAGACCUGGUGCUUCAAAGACCAAUGACAUAACCAGGAAGUUUGUCACAGCGGCUUCAGUUAUGCUGCCUGACUUCAUAGAGUUAACACUGUACUGACUUUUGUGGUCUACUUUGAAAAAAACAAUAACUUUUAGUCUCUUCUAAAUAGGUGAGCUCUUCUCAUUUUCUCAUUUUGUUAUUUUAAAUGAAUAGUGUGCUGAUUAACUUAACAUUUUUGUUUAAUUGAAAGAUUUCUAUGUGUGCUUUCUAGGAAAAGAUAAAAUCAUCGUUUAAUCAAAUUACUAGUUAUCUUUUUAACUCUUUUGAUUUUGAAUCUGUCAGUGACCCUUUUUGUGGAAACUAUUUAAGUGUUUUUUCUUGAUUUCUUGUCUCCAAACCUUUUUCUCUUCAGUAUGGCAGAACCUGCUGAGCUUCUCCUCAUCAGGGGCCAGUAUGAGUUGGCCUUACAAGCGCUCAGUUGCGGUCUGGCUGCCGAAGACUCCAACCAAAGACCAGAGGCCUUGGAUUACUUCAGGAAGGGCCACUUGCAUCUAAUUCAGGGACUGGAGAUUCCUACUGGUGGGGAGAGCCACCUGGGAGCGGCAUGGGACACAGCCAGAGAGCUUCAGCACAAAAUGAGGGACACUUUGAGGAUUGUGAAGGACCACCUUUCUGCUCUGGAAAACUCCCGAUCAACAUCAGAAGACCAGAGGAGCUCACAGAUGAACGUCUAUCCUGACCUGGCAGCCACCAGUUGGCCCUCUCAGAGCUCUGUCCACCAUCUGUACCCGUCUAUACCUGCUACCACUCAGAGCACAACCCCAGCCCCCCUCACAACGCCUCUUUCUCCUGCUACUGAACAGACGGGCACACUCCCCGCAGCAGCUGUGAGAACUGAAUCCAUGGAUGACCCCGCGGACCAGCCUCCUGCAUACACCCCAAAGCCCACAGACGGCCACUGCAGCCUGGGUUAUGGUCCCGCUGGACCCGUCCAGUCUGUCAACCAGAAUGGAAAAGGAGCACCAGCAGCUGGAGAUGAACACGAGCUGCUGUGCAUUUCAUCCGGGGUGCAGCUUUUUUUUGUGGAUCCCAGCGGGGAGGUCAGCUCUCUGUUGUGCCCCGGUUACCUUCGCAUCAUCACCUUUGAAAGUCAACACAAAGACUCGGCUUCUGGAAAGCCGUCCUCCUUUCUACAUGUGUGUGACCGGAUGUACCCGCUGACGACAGACACUCCGGUGCUGCUGGCAAACUCCGGGAUCUUCAUGUUUCCUGACACGAUGGCUGAGGUACCGGGGGCCUACGUAGGCAUAGUGCUGUCCUCUGAACUGCCUGCUGCCGACCAUGAGAUCUUCCAGGACCUCCUAUCGCAGCUUGCCGAUCUCAAAGUUCAGGAUCCAGAGGAAACUGGAGUGGAUAUCAUCAAUCUGAGUACAAAAGUGCCCAUUGAUCCCCUCAGCAAACAGACACGGCUGACGGUGUCGGCAGAUGAGGAGGAAAAACUGCAGCUUCCAGGAUGGAGUGAGAAGAUGGCCCAAGGGAUUUUGUCAGGAGCCUCACGAUUAAGUCAGUCACUGACAAAAGGCGCAGAGGCCACUGGAAGUUUAAUCCACAAAGGAGCAGCCAAGAUUCGAGACCGCAUCACACCUGAGGAAACUCCAUCAGAGGUCAGCCCUCAAGUUGCUAAACGUUUGCAGGCUGCAAAGCAAGCCACUGGUGGUGCCGUUCGAGUCAGUCAGUUCUUAGUGAAUGGAUUAAGUAACCUUGCAGAGCAUGUAGCAGAUAAGGUGUCACCUCAUGUGAAAAAACACGGAUCUAAGUUGGUGCCAGAAUCUCUGAAGAAGAGUCAAGAUGGUCGCGCUUCCAACUGGGAUGGUACUAAAUUUGUAGCAGCCAGCGGCCUUCAUGGUUUUUCCACUGUUUGGACGAGUCUGGAAAAUGGAGCGAAGAAAGUUUGCAAAGGUGUUGCAACCGAGACUGUCACAACAGUGAAAUACAAGUAUGGUCACAAUACAGGCCACGCCACAGACACCGCUCUCCAAUCAGUGGCAAAUAUUGGUAUGACUGCUUACAACAUUGAUAAUUUGGGCCUAAAGGCGUUCUUGUCCAGCGUGAGCGAGAAAUCCGCCAAUACGGUGCUCAACGUCAAAGACAUACAGCCAGUGGAAACGGAGGAGAAAGGGAUGCUGAAAGCUGAACUCCGCGGACAAAAGGAGAUGGAGAGAAGGGAACAAUGUGCCAAAGGGAAGGAUAUGGAGAAACAGACGAGUCAAACAGAACCAGAUCCAAAGAAUUUGCAGAGCAAAAACAAGGAGGAAAAGAAGUAAUUUCCAAAAAAGGAAUAUGUAAUCAAAUAUCUUAUCGAUGAACCUACCUAUUCUUUAAAAAAUUUAUUAUUUAAAUUCUAAGUUAUUCUAUAACCUCCUAGUUGUCUUUUAUUUUCUGUUAUAAAUUCCUACCAAACUGUGUGAUUUCGGUGUGGACUCUUUUAUUUUGCGUGUGUAGCAUCAGCUUAAAAGCUGUGUAAUUACACUUAAGCCCUCAUUUUGGGCAUGUGAGCACUGUGUUGAAAAUUUGAUUGGUACUGUACAUAUUGUAUGAUGUGUAUUUGGUACUCAAGCACAUUUUGUGAUGAAGUUUUAAAUUGAAAUCUUCAAAUAAAGGAAAUUCUGAGAAGUUUUA